UUGUGAUAGACUGUGGUUACGUCAAAGUAUCCAUCUUUUUCCUUGUUCUGGGAGAUAACUGAUCACCGGGGCUAUUGUAUUCUUAGAUUCGAACGUACAAUCCAACUACAGCUUUAUCAUCGCUAGCGACUGUACCGACUUCAGUCGCUUCAGCCACACAAAGGGCUGGACGAGCCGGGCGUACCUCCUCCGGCAUUUGUUACAGGUUAUAUCCAAAGUCUGCUUUCGACACUCUUCCUAAAUCCAUGCCUCCUGAAAUCACCCGGACGGAUAUGACAACACCUAUCUUGCAACUGAAGUCGCUGGGAAUCGAUGAUCUAAUGAAAUUUGAGUGGGUUUCUGCUCCUCCGGCAGAGUCUGUAUUGAGGGCACUCGAGGGUCUCGUUGCGGCAGGUAUGAUAGGCGAAGAUGGUCAUUUGACGCUUAUGGGAGAGAAAGUGGCAGAAUGUCCUGUUGAAGUUGGUAUUGCGCGCAUGCUCUUCACUUCGAAAGAAUAUAGUUGCGGCGAAGAGAUGCUCACUAUUGCCGCGAUGACCGCUGUCCAGGAUGUAUUCAUCAUUCCCGAUGGUGCCCCUGGAGCUCUAGCCGAAUUGGAACGCCGUAAAUUUACUGCAGAAGAAGGGGACCACCUGACACUGUUGAACGCCUACAAUGCAUUCGUACGUUAUGGUAAAUCGUCAGGGUGGUGCAAAUCGCACGCUUUGUCGUUCAGAGUCAUGUCACGAGCUGUUUCUAUUCGAGCGCAACUGAAGAAAUACAUGCAACGUUUCAAUCUUCCAUUGACUAGUUGUGAAGGUGAUGCGAAGCGUUUACGAAGAUGUCUUGUCAGUGGGUACUGGCGAAAUGGCGCCCGAUGGAUGGCUGACGGCACCUACCGUUCUGUACGGGGAAACUCAAUUCUUCACGUUCACCCCACAUCUGUUCUAUUUACGAGGAAGCCUCGAACUGGAUGGGUGGUCUUCCAUGAGAUGGAAGAAACCAAGAAAACUCAAAUUCGGAUUAUAACCGAGAUCGAACCGGACUGGUUGACAGAGCACGGUCUAGAGUAUCGGGAUAAACGGGGAUGAUGAUAAUUCUUACCUUGGUCGAGUUCCGCGAAAACUAUCUGUACCUCUAGCAUUUCUUGUUGUUUAUUUGGAUUUAUUCAAGUAGAGAUUGGUUGCAUGAAUUUAGAAAGUAUUCAAAAGGACUGCAAGGAGCGAACGAC